AUGUCACAAACCACAGAGACUCCACCUGGGCUUGAAGCUCUCGCAAAUCACCUAGGCUACACUUUCGUGAGGAAAGAAUCUUCCUCGUCCGCAAGCAGCGUGGUCGAUGAGUCAACUGCAAAAGUCGAUAAGCCGGACGCAAGUUCAGUCAAGAAAGACGAAAAUCAAGAGGCCAAAGAAGACGCAACGAAAAGCAAUGUUCGACCAGGAUCUUUGACUUCGUCGGCCAACAUAUAUCGCGGCUCGCCUGAUGAUAGCUGGACGGCGAAACAACCUGAAGAUACGGAGCCGGCAGAAGGCAAGGACACGAUAGGGCAUGCGGUCGUCCUCCGCCAACAGAAGAGCAAAGACAGCCGCAAAGGAUACGAGAUCCAUUCGAUUGUGAUUCAAUCCCAAGCUCUGAAGACCGCAUUGGCAGAUAUUCUGGACGGAUAUCCAGGCGUCUAUUGUAAUCUGGAUCGGCUAGUUUUCAAGGCUCCUUUCGCGCCGUUCAUCCACCGAUGGGGGGCCAUUCUCAAGUAUCUGGAAAACGACAGACUUGAUCAGGUCACGAGAGAUCACACAACCUUGCUGCGCGACAUCUUGCAGAAGGAAUGUGCCGAGACGAUCAAAGCGCUAGAAAACUACGUCGACCAUGGCGUCGUGACAUAUGAGCACGCAUGGACUAUAUUCCAGCCGGAUGCCGUUGUGGUAUCGUCCACUGGGAUUGAAGAACAGAUCGCAUUCAGGCUGAAGAGUGGGUCCUACCAAGAAACGGACGAAGGAAACUUCUUCAACCUGAAGUGCCAGUCUGUAGACUGGAAUGGCAAGUCUUUUGGCUGGGUAACAGAGUCUGUGAAGCUGCCAGAGUUUGAGGGCAUCCAACGGAUCGCCGAGCUGUGCAUCCUUCCGCUGGAUUUCCACCCCAAGAAAGAGUAUCUGAAGCAUGCCCUAACUGAACGCGGUAAACGCUUUGCGGCUUUGUCCGGCUAUCAUUACAGAAGCUACGACGGCCCGGCGAUCGAAAGAACGGACGACGGCAACAUCCUCGUGCAUAACAAAGGUCGCAUAAUCAUCGACACAGACAGUUUCUGCAAGCAGCCAUACCAGUGCAAGGUCUACACCGCACCUCUGAACAGCAAAUUAAACACAGCUUUGUCGUUGAAGAAAGAGUCCGGAGUAGGACCAGCGAAGCUCACAGACUACCAGUGCAUGCUCUGCACGCCGAUAUUGCGGGGAUACUCGUUGACAGUCAAGAAGUGGCUUUCGUUCUACGUCGACUAUGUCCAGUCCAUCAAGUGGAACACUGAGGCCUUCGACAACCUCGUCCUCCCAGCAGCCCAGAAGAAGCUCGUAUUGGCGCUGUCCAAGACUCAGGCUGCUACAGCUAACGACUUCGAUGACGUGAUUGCUGGCAAAGGUAAAGGCAUGAUUCUGCUACUUUCCGGCCCACCAGGAGUGGGUAAAACGUUGACGGCUGAGGCCGUGUCCGAAAACAUGAAGGUGCCGCUGUACAUGCUAUCAGCCGGAGACCUCGGCACCAGUCCCAACGACGUAGAGUAUAACUUGAACAACGUCUUGGAAAUCGUGGCCAAGUGGAAAGCCAUCCUGUUAAUCGACGAGUGCGACGUCUUCCUCGAAGCACGCUCCGUACACGAUCUGGCUAGGAACAGACUAGUUUCCAUAUUCCUGCGCCUGUUGGAAUACUACAAGGGGACGCUUUUCUUGACGACGAACCGCGUCGACAACAUCGAUGCGGCAUUCCAGUCUCGGAUACACGUGCACAUGAAGUAUGCAAACUUGACAAGCAGGUCGAGACGCCGGAUCUGGAGUACGUUUGUUGGCCAGACGGGGUCGCGUUUCGAGGCGGAAGAGCUCGAUCAACUCGCCGAGGUGCCGUUGAAUGGGAGGCAGAUCAAGAAUCUAGUGAAGACGGCGCAAUUGUUGGCGCUCGAGGAUAGGAACUCUUUGACGAAAGAUCAUAUCGAUAUGGUGCUGGCCAUUGAGAAGGGAUUUGGGGAGGACGAGCAGGAAGACUAG